UAACUUAUGUAAUACAUUAGUAAAUAAAUUGAUAUUAUGCAAUACACACCUUUAAUUCAUUUUUUUUCUUCCAUAAAUUUUUUUUUCUUUUCAAAAAUUAUUUUAUUUCAAUAUAAGAAAAUCUAUCUAAUGUCGAAUUCAAGUCAAAUGGAUAUUGAUGAUAAAUUUGGUCGUAAUUACGAGAAAAAAAUCGUCUUAAAUAUUGGGGGCGUAAAGUACGAAACAUUUGCAUCGACUUUAGUAAAAUAUCCAAACACACGUCUUGGUAGAAUAUUCGAAGGAAAUGAUGAAAAUAAUCGAUCAUUUGUAAAAGUUAAAGAAAAUGAAUAUUUCUUUGAUCGAAAUGGAUACGCUUUUAGAUAUAUUUUAGAAUGGUAUCGAACUGGUAAAAUAUUAUUAUCUAUAGGACCUAAUGAUUCAAAAAAAGCAUAUAUAACAAGAGAAGAAUUAGCGGUAGAACUUGAAUAUUUUGAAAUUCCGAUGGAAAAUUUAAAAGAUUAUUAUAAUAAUAAUUUCAUUAAAAAUACGACAUUAAUUCAUAAAUUAGCAGCAGUUAAAGUUGACGAAUUUAUUUCAGCUUUAGAAAAAUUAAUACGUGAAGCCAUGGGUCAAUUUUUAAAUUUUAUUGAAUUAAGAUUUUAUAGAACACCUAAAUAUAUGAAAGAAUAUUGGGCUAAAAGUGAAUCUAUAGGAGUUUCAAAUUUAACUAAAAUUAUGAAACCUUUUAGUGAUGCUGGAUUUUCUAUUAUAGAAAAAUUUGGUGAUGAAAUUGGGGAUUAUCUCAGAAAUAAUAUUAUUGGAAUUGACUGGAAUUGUGAUAUUUGUGAUCCUGGUGAUAGAGAAUAUUGUGUUAUAAUUAUAAAUAUCAAGGAAAAAUAUCCUAAAACUGCUAUUCUAUCUUAUACUAAAAGAUUGGCUUAAUAAUAAAAUGAACUUCAUACUUAUGACUUUAACCUAAAUUAUUUAAAUAAUCAUAUUGAUAAAUCCAAUCAUUAUAUAACACUUUGGGAUAUUUUAUUUAUAUAAGAAACAUACAAAGAAUGAAUUUACAGUAUAUCGUAUUAGUAAAGAGUGCAUCUUUUACUUUAUAAUGAUAAUUUGUUACCGAAGCCAUAGUCAUAAAUUGGCGAGAACUGUCAACUUGCAAUUUCCAUGUGGAAUAUAUAUCAACAUUACUCCUACAGUCCUACUUUUUUGCUUAACUGAAAAAAUUUUUUUUU